ACAGACAUUACCCUUCUCUCUGUGUGUCUCUGCUUCUCUCGCAGGGCAGCUAGGGUGGACUAAAUAGGAACAUGGACACACACAAACAUAGUUAGCAGAGGGGGGGUGGCACUGGGGCGUCCUACAGUUGCUCAGUGACAGCAGGACCCUGAGGCAAAAAUCUGGAGGUUCCCUUGUUUUGACACGUCAAGGAUUUUAGUGGAAUCACUUUCUUUUGUUGGGAUUUAAUCUGAGUUCGAUGGGAUUACUUUUUUUUUCACUGAGCGGCUCCUGGAUGACGUGUGUGGAUAUUUAGAUAACGUACUGCUGCUGCUGUGGGUGGAGACGCAUGUUUUGGCAAUUGAGUGCCUGAGCGUGAGACUGGGACAAGAAGAGUGACAGACAAGAACAAACAAGCAGAAUCACACAUAAAAUCCAACCCAGUUCUUAUUCAUGGUGACAGGAGCUAAUACUGUGGAGAGCUGCAGUUUUAGUUUCUUGACCCAUCUCCUCAUCCUGAAUUUUCCCUCAAGAGGAGGUGAGAUGUCGAGGCCUCCUUCCUCCCAGACCACCCCUCAGUUCUACAGGGUCAGCGAAAGAGAUCUCACUGAGAUUGAGCUACAUUCUGUGGACUCCAUCAAUGAUCUCCACCGAACACACCCCGAACACAGCCACAAAGGGAUGAGGCCUCCUCGUCCUGCUUACACACCCUCCCCGAAUGGAAACCCUUACAUAUGUGAUAUGACGGCUGUCAGUCAAAGACGCCAUCCGGUCAGCGGCAAGUGGCAGAGCCGUCUGCAGGAUAUGUUGACACCCAGUUCACCACACGCCUACGCCAUGGGCUGUGCUAUCAUCACUUUGCUCCUGCUAACAGUGUUACUCAUCUUCUACUUUUUGGUCCAGCAGGGUGGCGCAAUCCGGAUGCUGACUGAGGCAGUGAGGGAGAAAGAGACUGCAGCCACAGAGCUGUCACUACUGAUCCAAGAACUGCAGGCACUGAGACACAACUUAACAGCAAUGAGAGGAGGGACAUGAGGAAGAUGAGCACAGAAAACUAAAUAUGCACAUGUACAGAAUACUUAAACACAUAUACUAUACACUUUUAAUAUGGACAUGAGAUACUUUAAACUGUGGUUUACAGUGGAUUUUUCCUUGAAGAGGAAACACCUAUCAGAAUCUGUUUUCAAGAUUAAAUGUAUCUACUAGAACCAUUUAAUCAAGAGAUGGGAAUUUUCUGAAAACCUCCCAUCUCAAACUCAUGUCAAUAAAGCAGUAUGACUGAAGUGGUUUCUUAUAAUAUUACAUGGCAUGCACAUAUAAUGUUUUCAGCAAACUAAUUGUUCAAAAUAACAAGUGGCUUUAAAUUGUUCCCACUGUCUUACACAAAGUGUGCUCAAAUCACACACUAUUUUUAAAAAUGUACCAGAUAUUCCGUUUUGUGCUGUCAAUUACUUUGUGUGAGUACAAGUGUCUGUGUCACAUAUUUAACUAUGCACAACUCGUGGAACAAUAAGCAGAUAAAAUGUGGUGGACUGUCAGAAAGUAAAACUGACUUUGAUCUUAAUCAAAAAUCAUUAAAGUUGAGUUAAUGCAAACAACAUUACUUUCCAUACAAGUAUUUAUUAGCCUGUUUGUGCUCAUGUUCUUAAAAUCAUAAUAAAUAUUAGCACUGGGUACUAAAUUAUUUAAAAUGUAACUGUUCAUGAACUAUUGUGCGAUCAUGUUAUUAUUUCCUCAAAUCUAGUUCAUCAUUGUCAGUGUUUACUGAUUUUCACCAAAGAACACUCCAGUCCUUUAAAAAGAGUGGUUAGGUUUAUAAAGGUUUUCACUCAGACUUUAUGUCCCCAGGUCCAGUCAUUACAUGUGGUAAAAUGACACCGCUCUGUGCAGUUCAAACCACAUCUUCUUGUGAGGAGGUGCUGAGAUGCUGAUGGAGUGCCAGAGUCAAAGUGAUUAAAAGAAAAUUUAAAUAAAAUCAACAAAUAGA